CUUUUCCUUUCAUUAUUUACCAGUCAGUCAAACUGACAAGUUUUUAUUUUAUUUUAAUUGGAGCAUUUGGAAUGAAAUUCUUCUAAGAAUGAAUUUCAAGUCGUUUGCUUAUCUCGCGUUUGUAAUAUUAUUCGUGUCAUUCGGUGUCCAAAAUUGUGAUGGACAGAGAAGUCGAUCAAGAUUGAGUCCUGCUGGGGUAACCCCAUCACCGUCUGAGACCAGUUCUAGUCACGCCACGGAUGGACCUCUCUCAAGACUUCGGAGACCCACGAGAAGAACCACGACGCCAAUUUCGGUGAGAUCCACCACGACGACGACGCCACAGGGUCAGUCAUCAUCAAGCCCCAAUAGUCGAACUUCAAGUCCAAACCAGCCAAUUAACAAGAGUCAACAACAACGCCAGAAUAAUGAUUCCGUUCGUAAAGAAAUGAUUGAGAAGUUGUGUAGUCGAAAACAUGGAGCUGCGGCGACAUUGCCAUCCGUGAAUCCACCAGUUUCAACUCGAUCACCGACCACAACGACCCCAAAACCAGCGUCCAUCACCACGACCACGGCGACAUUUACCAAUGACAACUUCUCAGAACCCCAACGAACCCUGCCACGAAAUCCGCUUAGGAGAUCCCAAGCUCACGUUCGAGUACCGAGAAGGGUGAAAAAGUUGUAUCGCUCGACAACCACGACGACUACCACCACUCCUGGAACGGGUGACGACGAGGGGUCAAACUUUCCACCAUUUCCAUCCCCCACGUCGUCAACGUCAAGUCUUCCCCUUGGUCAGGGGGGAGCGACAACGAGUAAAACCACGACUAAUAUUCGUACCGGUGGUGAUACUAAUGCACAAACUUGCACCGACUUUGACCACUUGAAUGAUGAGCAACUAGCGAAAAGGGUCAAGGGAGGGCUUCGAAGGAAGAACAAGCCAGAAUAAAUUGAUACCAAUUUUUAUGUGAUUUUUAAAAAUAUUUUAUGACACAUAUUAUUAAAUUUCCUGAAAAUUUCAUUAAAUUCUCAUCAUCUCUCCGUUUAUUCA